GACUCAUUUUUCUCAUUUCCAGAAGAACGUUGGUCCACCGUCCUUGUCUCUUUCUCAUCUUUUUCCUUCCACAAACAUCCAUCGAAAUUUCUUCAAACCACUUCCUCUUCCAAGGAAUUCAUUAUAUCUUUGAUGUUCUACUUCAAUUUUCCCUCUUUUUCGCAUUGAUUUGAGUACAGAUUUCUUUCCAAAUCUUCAAUUUUUCUGUAAAUUGUAGAUGUGGGUCUUAAAAUAUAAAAUUUUUCUUUAAAUUUUGUGUUGUGUAGGGGAAUUCGGAAAGUAUUUGUGUUUUAUUAGAAAGAAAUAUGAGCAAACUUUUAUGAUUAUCAGGCAUGAAAGGCCUUGAUCAAUUCAAAUCGCUAUCAGGAUCUGCGAAAUCGCUGUUCGGUAACUCCGCGGAUGUUUUCUGAUAUGGUUUCCACUGGAAGCUUCGCGAAUUUGAAGCUAACAGCAGAGAAAUUGGUGAAAGAGCAAGCCUCUGCUAAAACUGAUCUGCAAUUGGCGGUAAAUUGGUUGAUUCAGCUAUCAGGUGUAGUAGGCUUAUACAGAAAACAAAGGCCUCUAGCUCUAAAUUGAAGAAGUUGUUAACUGAAGAUGUUCGUAUGCUAGAAGAGAAGUUGCAAAAUGCAUAUAAUGCAAAUGCUAAGUUGAAAGUGAAGCAGAAAGAGGACGAGAAGCUAUGGAAAGGACUGGAAUCUAAAUUUUCUUCAACAAAGACCUUGUGUGAUCAGCUAACUGAAACCUUACAGCACUUAGCUGGUGUGGUUCAGGAUGCUGAGAAAGACGAGGCGUCUCUUGAAGAUAAACAAUCUGCAACUUCUGUUGUUAUUGAUAACUUGCACGACAACAUGAAUGCCCUCUACUUGACGUUGGAAUCCUCCGAAGAAACUGUUAGAAAUUUCAAGUUAAUAAAUGCUCUAUUGUGCAAUAUGUUUUAUCUUAAUGUUUAUAAUUUCCUAGCAUGUUUUUGGGUUGUUAUUAAAGGUAAUUCUCAGAGCUACCCGGAGGCGGAGCCAGCCUUCUGUUCGGGGAUUCGGCCGAACCCCUUCGACGGAAAAAUAUACUAUUUAUACAUGAUUAAAAUUAUUUUUUAUGUGGUUAUAGUAGGUGUUGAACCC